AAUGAAAGAAGCCUCCUCGCUGCAUGCUAGCUUACUGACCUGUAUCUUCAGCAGAUACCCAGAAUGUUCUGAGUACGCGCGCGCUCACCAAACGUCAGCGUAGCGACGUGCUCGCGUAAGGGUCAGAGCGGAGCCAUCAGAGCUGUUCUGAGAGUUUGCUCUCCUCUGAUUGGCUGGCGGUAAAUAUUUACGGAAGUGGUGAAGUGGAGGUGGUUUAGGAGAGACGGCAAAGCCAGCCUGAGGACCUCUUCUUGUUGAAAUGCUAAUAUGCAGACAGAAGACCACGUUUCAUGUCUGAAAAAGGAUUUGGCGAAAUCUUGCGGGACAUUUCGUGUUCUCGUUGCGGUAACGGGAAGCGUUGCAGCCUUGAAACUGCCUCUUUUGGUCUCCCAGCUUCUUCAGCUCCCUGGGGUGGAUGUAAGAGUGGUCACUACAGAACAUGCCAAGCACUUCUACGAUCCUGCGGAGGUUUCAGUAAAAAUCUACAGUGACAAGGAUGAGUGGGAGAUGUGGACACAGAGAUCUGACCCUGUGCUACACAUUGAGCUAAGGCGCUGGGCAGACCUACUUGUCAUUGCCCCUCUAGAUGCCAACACUCUUGGAAAGAUUGCUAAUGGCAUUUGUGACAAUCUGCUGACGUGUGUGGUAAGAGCCUGGGAUACCAGUCGACCUCUCCUCUUCUGCCCUGCAAUGAAUACAGCUAUGUGGCAGCAUCCCAUUACAGCCCAGCAGGUAUCCAGGCUGAAAGAGUUUGGAUAUGUGGAAAUCCCCUGCAUUGCUAAGAAGCUAGUGUGUGGUGAUGAAGGUAAAGGGGCCAUGGCAGAGGUAUCAUCUAUUGUCGAUGUUGUCAAACAGUAUCUUCAGAAACCAGAUGAGUCACCUCAGAAAACGUGAACGCCACAUCAUAUUGUACAGUCAGCUGGCACCAAAGACCAGUAAAAAAUAAACAUGAUGAUUUGUCUACAAAAUUAGUUUGUAAGUGACAUUUUUAGCAACAUUUCAGUGGUGGCUUCAUCAAGCUGAUAUGGAUCAGUGUGUGCGGUUCACACAUUUGACAGUUUGACAGUUUUUCAGUCCACACUCAUUGUCUAAAUGCCUGCCAUCCACACCAAAAGAUGUUUGUAUAGUCUGUCGUUCCCAGCACUGAAAAUGCUUACUUUACAUCUCUUCUUUGUCUUUAUUUUUUAUUUUUAAAGGAAGUUGACAAAGAUGCCACCUUCUUUAAAAGAGUGAGGUUGAAUGGACAAAUGGGUUGACUGCCCUGUUUAAUGAUGUGCUUUGCUUGGCUUUCUAGGAAGAAAAGCUUUGUUCCUGAUGUAGAUAAACAAACAAUACAGUUGUGGUUAUAGUGGGCAUAUUAUUGUGUUUUGUCAAAUUACUGUAUGAAUACAAAAUAGCAACUGAACUGAGAAUCACAUGUUAUACCUGCUUAAAAAAUGUGAUUGUAAUUCCAGGGCUGCACUGACAAGUUUUAACAGCUGCUGUGUCUUUGACCACAGAAUGAGAGAAACACUGUCAGUAUCAAAGGUAAAAGAAAGGAAGAGAGAGAAAGGAAUUUAGAUUAAAAAACACUGUUUGCAAAUUAAAGUUUCCACCAUGUUUGUGAAGUUUUUUAUUUUCUGGAUUUUUUUUUCUUAAUUGCAAAAUGAUUUGCAACAGGAAGGUCACAAAAUGUGAUUUUGUAUUUCAUUAUGAGAUUAGGUUUCAUCAGCAAUAACUGGCAUACUUUGGGGAAUUUCACAUGUACUGUCGAGAAAACAAAUGUUCAGUGUGCUCAAAGCAACAUACUGUAGGUGUACUACAGCAAAACGGUCAUUAUGCAAUAAAAAAAAUGCAUGUGCUUAUCAAGUCGUCAAGUU